GUCCACAUUAUUGAUCUUAGCCCAUCUGAACAUUUUCAGUGGCUGAGCCUUCUCCGUGCCAUGAGUACACGCCCAGAAGGCCCUCCUCAUCUAAGGCUCACAGGUGUUCACGAGAAUAGAGUGGUUUUGGAAAAAAUGGCUCGACAACUUAAUGCAGAAGCUGAGAAACUGGAUAUCCCUUUCCAGUUUAACCCUAUUGUGAGUAAACUAGAGGAUCUUGAGAUGGAGAUAAGUCUUCAUGUGAAGAUGGGGGAAGCUCUCGCCAUUAGUUCCGUGCUUCAGCUUCACCGCCUCUUGGCAUUCGAUUGUAACUCCACCGGGCCUUCUUCUUCGUCUUCACCAAAGAUCAUCACUUUCUUGAGCGCUUUGCGGAGCCUAUCCCCGAAGAUCAUGGUGAUCACCGAGAAAGAUUCUGACCACAAUGGGCUUCUUCUGGAAGAGAGGUCAAUCCAGGCUCUGAACUACUAUGCGGCGCUCUUUGACUGCAUGGAAUGCACCGUUCCACGAGCUUCUGUUGAGCGCCAGAAGGUGGAGCACUUGCUUUUCGGGGAGGAAAUAAAGAACAUUGUUUCUUGUGAGGGUGUCGAGAGGAAGGAGAGGCAUGAGAAAGUAGAUAAAUGGAUUGCUAGGCUCCAGCUCUGUGGGUUCAGGAGGGAGCUUUUGAGCCAUAGGGUGAUGAUGCAUGGGAACAGGUUAUUACUUGAUCAAAAUAACCACAUUGGGUACAACAUCAAAGAUAGAGAUGGGUGUUUCCUCAUUUGCUGGCACGAGUACCCCAUCUUUUCUAUUACAGCUUGGAGCUUCUACAGGUACAAUGGUGUUGGAUAAGUGUACCUCCCAUCUCAUCCAUAUUGUCUAAACAUUGUUGUAUAAUAACAAAUUACUUUCCUAUAGCAAUUGUGUUGUUUUGUUUAUGUUCAUGUAAACCUCUUUCUAUUUUCCAUGCAUGCAAUUUUCAUCUUCUU